AUGACCCCUAAGCCGGCUCCUCUUCCCUACGAGACCACCCUAGAUCCCGUCACCGGGAAGGUCCGCUGCGACGCCUGCCAGGACGAUCCACGCAAGAAUGGCAAGGCGCGAGAGUGGAUAAGCCGGCAGUCGCUCAGCAACCACCUGAGGACAGCGCGGCACAAGGUGAACUCCAAGCGCUGGUACGCGGAGUUUGCGGCGCAAGAGCGCGCGCGGAUCACGGGGAAGGCGUCGUACGCUGCUGCUAAGGCCAGCACUCGACGUACUCAGAGCUUGCAGCCUGGUACUCCCGAUGCACCUGGUUCUGCUCAUGCUGCCCGUUCCUCCAAUAUCGCUGGUUCCCCCACUGUCUCUGCUUCACGGAAAGUCGCUGGUUCUUCUAAGGUGGCUGGUUCCUCCAAUGUCGCUGGUUCUUUCAAUUUCGCUGGUUCCUCCAAUGUCACUGGUUCCUCCAAUGUCACUGGUUCCUACAAUGUCGCUAGUUCUUCCGUCACUCGUAACCGACAGCAGUCUUCGAUUACGCCACCUACAGCGAAUACGGCUCGAGGUGUGAACGACAACGGCCUUUUUGGUCUCCUGUCUGGCACGGUGGACAUGGAGAGUCUCCGUUUGGCUCAUAGGACGCUCCUGUAUCAUGAUCUCGGGUUGUUGAUUGAGGAGGAUCGCAAAGUGCUGGAAAAGGUUGAACGAAAACGGCCUUUUUAG